GACAGCAGUAGCCUAGACUCGGUGCAGUCACCACCGCGUGCGAUUGAGAGACGAGUUCAGUUCGAGUCGGCAGCGAGAGUGAACGCGUUUCUCGGUUUUAUCUUCCGUUCUUCUGUUCCCAUUCGCACACUAGACACUAUUGGUAAUUAGUAUUUCUGUUUUCGAAAGCAAAAAGUACCUAGUAGUUACUCUUCCAAAAAAAAAAAAACGCUGUUUGAAACCAUUGUGGCAACGAAUUUGCGUACGAAAACGAUCCAACGAGAUUUCCUGCGAAGAAGAAAGAGCGAGACGGAAGCGAAGAAAAAGGGUUUCGGUGUUUAUUGUGUGGUUUGAUCCAUUCAACUCGAGAUAGUUUGGAUUCGUUGUGUCGUGUUGCUUCCAUUGUGCAAUAUUGUGUGUUUUGUUUAUGCCCCGUCGAAUGGAUAGAAACAAUCGACCUUGAAGCUGAUAUGACUGGCGAGCGAAAAAGGGAAAUGAAGUGAUAGUAUUAGAAGUGAAUGGUAAACUAGAUUUGCUUUCAUAGUGAACAGAACAAAGAUGCAAUUUUUAGUGCAAGAAUAGUAGGCUUGAAAGUUGUUGUUUUAACAAUUAAAUAUUUUACAUUUUUGUGAGAAAAAAUUGGUGAUGGUUAUUGACAAACGAGUUUGCAAUCGGAGGUUUAAGCUGAGUAAAAGUGCAGAUUUUUUUUCGCCUAAAAUUUGUUCACCUCGAUUUGAUUUCGAUUCCUUUACAUCGUGCACCAAUACACUGACGGCGCGUGGAAGGUGAGCUGAAACAAAUGUAAUAACAUCAUCAGCAACAACAACAAUAAUGGAAAGGUGUUUGUGGUGGAAUAAAAAAUAAGCGAAAAGAGACACCAUCCAAGUAGCUUGGAGGUUGCGGCUGGCAAAAGAAAGGUCCAACAAAGCAACCAAGAAUCAACCAACGACGACGAAGACGAAGAGUGAGUGGCCUCCAAAACAGCCUUCGUUGAUCCAGUGUUGUGCAAAUCGCGUGAAUGUGUGAAAGGAGGCUGAUAGAAGGCAAGAAGAGAGUGCCAAGAGUCACCGCAGCAUAAAAGGCGAUCGUGUUGUUUUAUUUUUCUUCUGAGCUUUGCGUGCACAUACCCACGCUACCUUUCUCGUUCGUUCUCCAAUGAUGAUCAUGAUGAUGAUGGUUGUUCUUACCUGUAUCGGGAUGCAGCAGUGAGUGUUUCCAAUACCCGGUGGAGUGAGCGAGAAGCAACAUCAGCAGCAGCAGCACAAGUCGUGUCGGCCAGUGUCAAUAAACUCUGGUCGUCGGAAUCGUCGUCGUCGUCGUCGUCGUCGUCUUCUUGGGAUGCGAGAGGAAAGGCAUUAAGCGAAAUCACCACAAAACUCCUUGGAUAUAUGAAUAGAGAAAAACAACGACAGUGAAAACCUUUGGGACCAAGAGAAAAAUGAUUUCUGCUUCCAUAUUAUUGUCUUAGCAUCGCAUGGUCCGUGUGUUGUGUACGUGUGAAGAAUAAUUAUCGAAGCAGCUAGCAGAAUGACAUCAACGGAGUCGCGAGGAAACGUCUCGGUUACGACGAUCAACUGUGAAAAUGAUCCGGGCUUCAAUCCGGCCAGCAGCAUGAGUACCAUGAUUCCAACGCCAUCGUCCGGAACCAGUUCCGGAAGCAGUAGCAGCAGUAACACCCCGAAUGCCAGCACCAGUACGAUUUUCGGCAACGUUGGUAUCAGAAUAACCGUGCCAAAAAUGGAAGAAUCCGACGAGUCUGAUACAGAACUAUCGAACAUAGAAAAGACGGCGAAGGUUAACAUGAGGGAGGAUAGUCGCGCUAGCAAGGGAUUGCCACGGCCCAUGUCCUGGGAGGGUGAACUGUCCGAACCUGAAGCGAUGAUGAUUGACAACGAAAACAGUUCCAGUGGCCCCAGUGGGCCAGGGACUUCAGCCAAACCAGAACCACUCAUGGUGGCCAAGGAAGAACCGUCGGGACCAGGGAUAACGGAACCACUGGCCCUGACCGCCAAUCACAGUAGCAGUAGUUCUCCCCUUCCGAACCGCGUUAUCAAACCGGAAGUGGGACUUCCGUUAAUCAAUCACAACGUGGCUUCCAGCUACGCCAAUUCCAUUCCAACUAGCAGUAGUAUUAACGCUAAGAAACUCCCCGAUGUCAUAAGCCUCAAGUUCGAGCACGGACUUGCUGAGAACCUCCCAGCGGUCCACUCACCCCUUCUCGUACGCUCAAAAACCACCCUCCUCCCAGCCAAUCCCAGUCCAGACUCUGCCAUCCACUCCGUCUACACCCACAGUUCCCCAAGCCAAUCCCCGUUAACGUCCCGACAUGCGCCCUACACUCCCUCCCUCAGUCGCAACAACAGCGACGCUUCGCACAGUAGCUGCUACUCGUACAGUUCCGAGUUCAGCCCGACGCAUUCCCCUAUCCAGGGACGGCACAACAUGUUCACCAGUGGGUCCUACAACGGCUCCCCGCUCCAUCACUCAGUAUUAUUCAAACCGAUGAUCGACAACGAACAGGCGCUGAAGCUUGCCAACCAGGACGAACCGGUCUUCGACAGCGAACAUCUGCCGUCCCCGGGAAUCUCCCGGCAACAGUUGAUCAACAGCCCGUGCCCCAUCUGCGGGGACAAGAUCUCCGGCUUCCACUACGGGAUCUUCUCGUGCGAGUCGUGCAAGGGCUUCUUCAAGCGGACCGUGCAAAACCGGAAGAACUACCAGUGCCUUAGGGGAGCCGCCUGCCCGGUGACGAUCGCCACCCGGAAAAAGUGCCCGGCCUGCCGGUUCGAGAAGUGCCUUCAGAAGGGGAUGAAGCUGGAAGCAAUUCGCGAGGAUCGCACGCGAGGGGGCCGAUCAACGUAUCAAUGCUCGUACACACUCCCUGGAACAAUCCUCAGCCCGUCGCUCGGAGGCAACGACGGCAGCAGUAACUUUCCGUACUCAAACGCUUCGCAGCGAAGUGCAGGCGGUGGUCCUGGAGGUCCAUUCUCUUCGGGCGUUCCCGUCAACUUGACCGGCCAUCAGCUAAAGAUCGAAUCCGGCCAGCAGGACUUCAACAGUAAUUCCAACGGUGGCAAUGGCGGAGCCGGCAAUAACAAUCUCGGUGGAGCAGGCAUGCGACAGGGCAUUCCACAGCUACUGCAGGUGGGUAGAUUUGAUGGUUUUCACAGAAAAUCGAAACUACCAUGGAUGGAACUUCUGCAGGAAAUCAUGGACGUCGAACAUCUGUGGCAGUACAAUGCAUCGGAGCUGGCGCGGUUGAACCAACCGGCGCCACCAGUGAGCAGUGCUGCCAUCGCAGCCAAUCCGCUGCUCUCCAGUGCAGGCAUCUCGAGCGAAAGCAGUCCGGACUUGAUAGCGAACCUGUGCAACAUUGCGGAUCAUCGGUUGUACAAGAUCGUCAAGUGGUGCAAGAGCUUGCCGCUCUUCAAGAACAUCUCGAUCGACGAUCAAAUCUGCCUGUUGAUCAACUCGUGGUGUGAGCUGCUGCUGUUUUCGUGCUGCUUCCGGUCCAUGGCGACUCCCGGCGAGAUCAAGAUCUCACUCGGAAAGUCCAUUACGUUGGAACAGGCCAAACAUAGUGGGUUGCAGACCUGCAUUGAACGAAUGCUCAACCUCACCGAUCACCUUCGGCGGCUUCGGGUCGAUCGUUACGAGUACGUUGCCAUGAAGGUGAUCGUCCUGCUGUCUUCGGAUACUUCCGAGCUGAAAGAAUCAGAAAAGGUUCGUGCCAGUCAGGAGAAGGCGCUCCAAGCCCUCCAAGCGUACACGUUAGCGCACUACCCGGAAACGCCGGCCAAAUUCGGCGAGCUGCUCCUCCGGAUUCCGGAGCUUCAACGGACCUGCCAGCUUUCGUUUCAGGUGGGCAAAGAGAUGCUAACAAUCAAGCCGAAAGAUGGCGAAGAACCGUCGUUCAAUCUGCUGAUGGAACUGCUCCGAGGGGAGCACUGAGCAAAGGAUGCUUUGCUCCAGUGAAAGACGAACAACUGAUCGUGCCUCAAAAAGUUCUAGUGUUUUAGAAGAAGAAAAAGUGUGUCCCAAACGGCAGCCAAUCUAGCAAGCGUAACAGGAGAACGGGAUUGAUCAGAGUAGGCGCAGGAACGCCUAGGGUCAUCAUUCUCUCACAAGCACUCACGCAUCUGCAGCUCUCUUCCCCUCUCAUUUCCAUCCAUCUGUCACUGGAAGUGAGUAGCGAUGAGCCGUUUCCACGGCAACCAUCAUAGCAUGCGACCCAACUUCAACUUGUUUUCCUGCCGAAGGGAAGCAAGCGUAAACCGAAAUCAAAACUCUUUUAGACAUUGUGAUUUUAAUUCGUAAUCCAAUAAGUAGAGCGAGUUUAUUUUAUUCUUUUUACAUAGUUUUAGUCAGAUGUUUAAUAGAUUUUUAUUUUUCAUUUCUGCGAUUUUAUAUUUGUCUGUUGCAAGAAGAUUUUUUUUAUUUAAACAACUCAUGUAAUAUUUUUAAACGAUAAUCAUUUACAAUCGUUCUAAACGUUUCCCGGUAGUGUCGGGGCGAACGCUCAGACUCUCGAACCCUUUCAAAAAGAAAUGAAAACCUAUCGCAUGGAUAACCAUUAAGUUUCCUUAUAGAUUUUUAAGCCAGAGCUCAUAGUUAAGUUAGAAUUUAUUAUAGCUGUAGCAAACAAUAGAUAUGAAUAGUUUCUCAUUUUAACAAAAAACACUAGACGCAAAUCUUUGUAUUGUUGAUUGAUACAAGUUUUCUGUUAAGGUACGCUUUUUAUGAAGAGUCAGGAAGUGUUUAAGUUUUUCCCUAACCUUAUUGAGUGAUUUGCCUUCGAAGAAUGGCAGUCGUAAUCGUAAUAAGUUUUAUUUUAUAUCAACUGAAGCGUUCAAAGCUGAGAUAAAUAUUGUUUUAAGGUUCAGUAGGUAAAUAAGUUAUCGUGUCAUCGAAAGAUCUUCAAACCUAACGUUAAGGCAGGCACAAAUUCCAUCUCGCGCAUGUGAAAAGCAACUUUUCCUUCUCAUCACACAUGAUAACAGAACAAACGGUUUCCAACUUUUAUUUUCCUGACGAGUGACAAAAGCUAACGCGCAAUCAACGCUGUCGCCAUCGUAGCAACCCGUUCCGAACGAUAUAACGCGUUUAUAUCGCUGAAGGAGCUCCGUUGCCACGGCAACAUAGAGAAUCACAGGAGGAAGAAUAAAGUUUCACAUCUAGCGAAAUAUAUGAAAAAAAAGAAUAAAACAUGAGGAAGAAGUGUGCCUUUUUUCUGGUAACAACAAGAAGGAAACAUUACAAUUUUUGCGAUAGACGUAAGGCUAUUUUAUACGAAGAAAAGUAGAAAAACCGAAUAAUGUAAAACAACAAGUAAGCGUAAAUGACUGAACUUUUUAGUCUAGUGUUAGUUAAUGAGUAUAUACUUGUGGAAAAACCUCCCUCAAGAAAAUAAAAACGAAUACAAUCGCUUAUUAACACAAGUGAUCUGUCCGAGAGGAGGAGGAACAAACUUUUUGAAACGUGUUUUUUGAGAUCCGAUUUGAAGUUGAACGAAAACUCUUUGAUAGUUGCAAUAUACAAAAAAAAAAACCAAUCAGCGGAUCAACACAAAUAAUAGCUUAAAGUGAGGAAAAUCUUUCCCCAAACGCGAGGGAGUAGAUCGAAUGUUUUUCGUUUUUCAUUAUAUUGUAUGUGGAGUGCAAUACUAUUUUUCUCUAACCGUGUAACUUCCAGUCCGAUGAGAAGAAAAACAUUUUGCGGAGGGCAUUUCCAGCUAUUUAUUUUCAUACAACCGAGAAAAAGCGUUUCAAACCUUUUAAGAUUUCUGUGAGAGCAAGACAAAAGUUUUUUUUUUUCAGUGUACAUAGUAAACAAUAUUCUUUCAAGAACGAUGCAAAUGUUUUCCAAGAAAAUAUGGAAAUAUGUGAUGAUUUAAGUGUAAAACUAAGUACUAGUGUUUAACAUAACAAAACCAAGCGUUACGAGGAGGAAGAACACAGAAACAGCUAGCAAAAUAUACAGCUACUUAAAUCGGCAACACGGAAACGCAAAUUGAAAUGAAAUCAUCGUGAACAAAAAUCGAAACCGGAAAAUUGCAGUAUUUUUAGGAACGUACUUUUUUACUACUCAGACCCAUUUGAAAAGUCCGUAACUGUUGUUUUUAUUAUCGAUUAAAAUUUAUCAUUUCAUUUUAUUUGUGUUGCCACAAAUGUGUUUUCUGAAAACACUAGAAAUCAUAAACAACCGCUAAACAAUACUUCAGAGAGAAAGAGAGCGUAAGAAACAAACGUAAAAAAGCUUACGGAACAACUCAACACAGCAGACAGACAUUACACGCAAGCAAACACAUUAUAUUAUUGUACUUAAACAAAUUUUUAGAUUAGCCCCCAUUUUUUUUUUUUAAUAAUUUUGUGUUUCGAACGGACUCGUGGAAUACCCUCCCAUUCAGCGCAUCGCACCGUACAUUCUCUCUGUGUAUCUAUUUUUGGUGGGCGGCUCCUGGGUCGAUUAGUAGCUAAUUGGCCCUCGCGGCAGGCGCACCAUGUCGGAAUGGGAGCAAAAUUGGAAUAUAUGAAUAUAUUUUUUAUUGAAAUAAAUAUCAGUUUAUAACGUAA